UAUUGCUAGGCAACUGAUUUCGAUUUAUUUACUACAAUUUACUACUCGUAAGCCGAACUACGCACAUCUAUUACUUAUUUAUAUUUUCUAAUAAAUAUACAAUGGCGCCUCCUACACCAAAUCCGCACGACAGUAUUCCUUACCAUCUAAUUAGAAGAGCAACGAAGAGAAGUGAACCGGGCUGCUAUCAAUUACAUAGACCGUCCCAAUGCCGUCUCAAGUUCCCCGUAACAAAGCGUCCUAUCCACAAAUGCGAGUUACCCCGCCGCGAGUUCGUGAUGGUUCCCGAGAAGGGCGGGGGCUUCAGGAAGCUGGAAGUGCCGCGGAGAGAUAAGAAUUACUACCCGGCCGUUAUGCCUAAGAGCGAGUUGGAGCGGCUGAAAGAGCAGGCUAAGGUGAUAACCCAGGAGGAGCAGAUCGCGGCCAUGCACGCUCAAGAAACCGCCGUCCAAAAGGCGGCCAAGGAGUCCGAAAUGCGCAAACGGCAACUAAAGGAGAACCUGAAGCCUCAACCCGGGGCGGAGGCUGCGGCCGGACAGGCGGACCCUGAGUUGGAGGGGCCGGACCAGGCGGCUCACACCCUCAGUAGGAACGAGAUGCUGAAAGCGGACAACAUGCAGGGCCCGCGUCUCUGCAAUCGCGUCAUCUUAGCAUCCAAAUGCCACGCCAUACGCGACGCGCAGAUCGUCGAGAAAGAUCUCAUUAAAAAAGAACUCAUGGAGGAAGAGAGACGCCUAGACGCCAUAAUGGAAGAGAACCGCCAGGCGGCCGUGGCCCGCGCGGAGGCGGACGAGGAACGUCGCCACGGGCUCCGGCUGCAGAAUCUGACGGCUCUGAAGGAACAGAUCACCUCCCAUGAAUUUGCGAAGGUGAUGGAAGCGGAACGCAUCGAAGAGGAAAGCAUCCGCGUAAACCAGUCCAACAUCGCCAUGCAGAUCGACGAGGCGCAGAAACUGAAGGAGAAACACGCCCGGCAGCGGAUGCUGAAGGAGAUACUGGACCAAGGGAACGCCGAGCUUCUCUACUUCAAGCAGCUUCAGAUGGAAGAAGAGCGCAUCAACGACCUCCGCGUCGCCAACUUCCUGAAGCAGAAGCAGGAGCGCGAGUCCAGGAACAAGGCGGAGGCCGAGGCCAUCAAGGCGGCCAAGCAGAAGGGCAUCGACCACAUCGCCAAAGCGCAGAAGGCUGAACAAGAGCUAAAAGAAGAGCUGGAACGCAUCCGCAACUUGAAGAUACAAGAGGACGUCGAGCGAGAGUACCGAAGGAAGGAGAGGGACAACGCUAUACGGCGGAACAGAGAGAUGAAGCAUCUGCAUGAGGCUCGCGAGCAACAGAUCCACGACAUCCACCGGCUGAUCGCCCGCGAGAUCGCCAAGGACGAGCAGAGCUUCAACAACGCCGCGCGCCAGAACGAGGAGUUCCUGCAGAAGGAGAAGGAGCUUGAGAACAAACGGAAGGCGCGUAUCGAACAACAUCGCCAAGAGAUCAUGAAGCAAAUCAACGACAAAGAACGCGCCAGGGCCGACUUGCGUGAGAAGAUCCACAACGAGGGCGUGGCUCUCAGGAUGGAGCAGGAGCAGCAAGACAAGUACGAGCGGAGAGUCAUCAAGGAGAAGGUGAGAGUAUACACGUGUAGAAUGUUGUCGCUGCGUGGGAAGAUCCACAACGAGGGCGUGGCUCUGAGGAUGGAGCAGGAGCAGCAAGACAAGUACGAGCGGAGAGUCAUCAAGGAGAAGGUGAGAGUAUACACGUGUAGAAUGUUGUCGCUGCGUGGGAAGAUCCACAACGAGGGCGUGGCUCUGAGGAUGGAGCAGGAGCAGCAAGACAAGUACGAGCGGAGAGUCAUCAAGGAGAAGGUGAGAGUAUACACGUGUAGAAUGUUGUCGCUGCGUGGGAAGAUCCACAACGAGGGCGUGGCUCUCAGGAUGGAGCAGGAGCAGCAAGACAAGUACGAGCGGAGAGUCAUCAAGGAGAAGGUGGCCGCUAUGAGACAGCAGAAGGUCGCCGAGAAAUACGUGAAAGAGGUCGAACAGACCCUUAGCCACUACGGAUACAAGGACCUCAGCUAAACCCACACAGAUUGCGGGAUUUUCCAUUUCACACAUGAUACCAAUAUCACCAGCUGACCGUUCGUCCUUCACAGCGAAUCUUGUCAGUGCAACGCUGACACGCCACUAGCGACAUCUGUUAAUUUUCGUAUGUUCUACUUUGAUCUUGUGGUACCAGCGGUUGGAAACCAUGUGGCUAAAAAUAAGCUUUCAUAUUUAGUAUGCGGUAUUUUACGGUUGGAAAUUUGACAUUAGCAUAUAAAAGAUUAUUUUCCAAUUAUUUGAGUAUUUUAAUUGAUGUUUUUGAAUAAUGAUUGAAAUCGA